UGUGGUGUCGGUGUUGGCUUUCAGGGGCUGUCGCAGUUUCAGAUUCAGAGUCAUUUCGUAAUUCAUCAUCAUCAUCAUCAUCAUCAUCACCGUCGCUGCAAAGGAGGAAGUGUGGCAGCCAUGGCGCAGGGUCUCCGAGAGAGGUUCGACAAGUUUCUCCAUGAGAAGAAUCUCAUGACAGACGUUCUGGCAAAGAUCGAGGCGAAAAGCGGAGUGAGCAGGACGUACAUCGCUCUGGCUGUCAUCGGGAUCAUCGCAGUUUACCUGGUCAUUGGUUAUGGAGCCUCCCUGCUGUGUAACCUCAUCGGCUUCCUUUAUCCAGCCUACAUAUCGAUUAAGGCCAUUGAAAGCGCCACCAAAGACGACGAUACUAAAUGGCUGACCUACUGGGUGGUGUAUGGAGUCUUCAGCGUGGCAGAGUUUUUCGCUGAUAUCUUUCUCUCCUGGUUCCCGUUCUACUAUAUCGGAAAGUGUGCCUUCCUGGUGUGGUGCAUGGCUCCGACUCCUUCAAACGGAUCAGUCCAGAUUUAUAACCGCAUCAUUCGACCGUUCUUCCUCAAGAACGAAGCCAGGAUUGACGACGUGGUGAAGAACCUGAAGGACAAGGCUUCGGAAGCCGCCGACAAGUUCAAAGACGAGGCCAAGAAAGCCACAGCAAACAUUAUAUUUGAGGAGAAGAAGAGCACCUAAAGGAGGAGGUUUCCUGUCCGCAGUCUCACGUCUAGAGGGUUCAGUCGCGGGAGAAAUGUUGCCUUGAAAAUGUUUGUUUUUUUUUUUUUUUAAAGAUCCUGUUCAGUACAUAACUAUAAUCUUCAUCCAAGCUGUGUUAGAUGUUAUCCAUAUAUCAAAUGUAUCAGUUAAAGCCAUGACCCCCCCCCCCCCUUGCCUGGGGGUCAGUUUACCUGUACGCUGGUCCAGGUUUUACGCUUUAUGAACCAAAUAAAGACAAAUUGCUGAACUGGU